AGGUGAAAGAGAGAUGAUAAAAUGGAAUGGGAAAACCAAACCAUUCUGGUGGAAUUUUUUCUGAAGGGACUUUCUGGUUACCCAAGGCUUGAGGUACUCUUUUUUGUACUCAUCUUAUUAAUGUAUGUGGUCAUCCUUCUGGGCAAUGGCACCCUCAUCAUACUCUCCAUACUCGACUCUCACCUCCACACCCCUAUGUACUUCUUCCUGGGGAACCUCUCCUUCUUGGACAUCUGCUACACUAGCACUUCAAUUCCUUCCACUCUGGUGAGCUUCCUCUCAGAAAGAAAAACCAUUUCCUUUUCUGGCUGUGCAGUGCAAAUGUUCCUUGGCUUGGCCAUGGGGACAACAGAGUGUGUGCUCCUGGGAAUGAUGGCCUUUGACCGCUAUGUGGCCAUCUGCAAUCCCCUGAGGUAUCUCAUCAUCAUGAACAGGAAUUCCUAUGUGACCAUGGCAGCUGGCUCCUGGCUUUCAGGGGUUGUCAACUCUGCAGUGCAAACUGCAUUUGUGGUACGGUUGCCUUUCUGCAGGAAUAAUAUCAUCAAUCAUUUUUCUUGUGAAAUUCUGGCUGUCAUGAAGUUGGCCUGUGCUGACAUCUCAGGUAAUGAGUUCAUCAUGCUGGUGGCCACAACGUUGUUCAUUUUGACGCCACUGCUCUUCAUUGUUAUGUCUUACUCAUUAAUCGUUUCCAGCAUCCUCAAGAUCCAUUCCUCUGAGGGGAGAAGCAAAGCCUUCUCUACCUGCUCAGCGCACCUGACUGUGGUGAUAAUAUUCUAUGGUACCAUUCUCUUCAUGUACAUGAAACCCAAGUCUAAAGACAUACUUAAUUCAGAUGGUCUGGAUGCAACAGACAAACUUAUAUCCAUCUUCUAUGGGGUGAUGACUCCCAUGAUGAAUCCUUUAAUCUACAGUCUUAGGAACAAGGAUGUGAAGGAGGCAUUAAAAAAUUUAUUGAGCAGAAUAUUAAUUUGCAAGUGAAUGUAUAUAUUGUGCU